AUGUCCUUUCGAGACAACGACCAGCGCCGAUAUGGCCAUAUCCCUCCUGUGCAGUAUCCCGUCGCGAACCAGUCUUCGCAAGACCCGUUGUCUUAUCCGAACAGACGGACAAGCUUCAACAACGGCGAUGACUCUGCUGGAUUUACUUCUCCCGGAACUCGACCAAAUUACCAGCCGACCUUGAAUACGAAUGUGGCAGGACUCCCUAGCCGCGACGAGCUGUUCCUAGCCAGCCCAUCCGAUUCUAACAGGUCCAACAAUUAUGGCAAUUCGAACGUCGCUAUGGCCGGAUACCAGCACCAGUACCAGCCUCAAUCACCACCUACACCAUCGACGUAUAACCCGCAAGCUUUUGCUCGAUCCCAUUCUACUUCGAUACCAUACCUCCCGCACCCCUCACACAGGUGGGCUCCACCAAAUGCGACGCCUGCUCCCUACAGUCCUACGAGCGCAACGCCUAAUAGCUUCACACCCGCUCCAUACAAUCCCGCCGCAUAUUCUGGCGGGACAGUACCUCAGCGCCAAGCGUCCUAUGCUGGAUAUACUAAUAACCACACCAACAAUAGCAGCAACAGCAAUCAAUCUUAUGGCUCGCCAUCGGCGAACCAGUCACCCUACUUCCAAUCCCAGCCUGUAUAUGCUGCUCCCACCCAGUCGAGACACUCAUCCACUCCGCCGACCACCUACUCCGCAGGCUACGGGCAAACCCCCUAUAGUUCGGCAUACCCUUCUGCUACAAGCACAGCGGCUCCGACUCUCACAACCGGUUACGAUUCAACGCAGGGACGUUAUAAUACAAAUUAUUCGAACGACAACACAAGUCCACAUGCUACGUUUUAUUCAUCCGAUUCGUCCACAUCUUCCCAGACGCCGUAUCCGACUUAUUCGCAGAUCCCCGUAGGCCCAAAUUACUCCCCUAGUGAUCCCCAUUCAUUUUUGAAUCGUACAUCUAGGUCAAAUUCGGCAGCGUCGCCGCUCCCUUCACCUCCUGCUCAUUCACAACCAACAGCUGGUUUAGCGCGGCACCCGACCAACGCGCCUUUACCUAGCCGGCCUGUUGACGAUGCCGAAGAGCCAUACCCGUCCAAUGGCACACACGUUCCUGAUUUAUCGCAGGAAUACAUGACACAAAAUAGUAUCAUGCAGGACAUUGAAGCCGAGCUUGGAAGGAGGAAUGGUUCGAUACAUGGUCGACCUACGGCUUUCGAUCAGCGCAACGGUGCCUUGCCCGACAGUGACCUACAAAAUCUCCGUCGAUUUACGUCCAGCGCAAGUUACCAUUCAACCGCCACCACGGUAGCGAACCAAGAAGAGUCGUCUGGGGUAAACCGUUACUCCUCCAAUGCGUCAACUUUAAAUAGGAAUCACUCAACCAACCCAUACGUUUAUGAAGACUAUGACGGAGAUGAGAGUGAUCCUGAGGGUGCUGCAGGGGCUUGGGCAUUGCAACAAGCAGAAGAGGAUGAUCGUCGAUUUAGUUCGAUAGGCGGGACAUUAUCUUAUUUUAACCCACCGGAUACGCCCUCGCAACCUACUCUUCCCACCCAUAAAGAGGAGCCAAGCAGCGAUAGUGACUAUGCUGGAAUGGACUUGGGCCUUAUGGGUGGAGGUUACGCAGGAAAUCUUACGUAUGACAACAAUCUCGGGUCGCCGCCUGCGUCCGAAACGACCCUAGGAGAUAUGCAAGCUUUCCCGACCCCUCGCAGUAAUCAUACAUCCCAGAGGAGUCGCGGGAGCAACAAUCAUCCAGUAUUCGAGCAGGCCGAGGUGGAUUACGAGGGUACUGGUGGCCUCCAAAAACCUGCUCCACACCGCUUGAGCUUCGAUGAGGGUGAAGAGCGCGUUUCCCUCAAUUCGAGGCAGAGUGAUAGCGAAUCUGCUCCCAAAGAAGACUAUCCAGACAUGUUCUACCACCCAGGCCUGUCGAACCGCCCCCUCCCGGCUAUUCCUGCUAGCUCGGACAGCAGUUCUAUGCUGUCUGUCCAGUCUCCUACCAAAGCUGUCUAUCAACACAAUUACUCUCUUAGUGUGGACUCGCCGCCCUAUUCUGGACCUGAUGCCCUGUAUGGACAAAAUGCGCAGCAACUUCAAGUUGAGAGGUCUAUAUCACUAUCCAGCCACAAAACAUCCCCACACGUCCAGCCACCGGGUAGGUCGAAGACUGAUGCCACCGAGGAGCGUAACGCGCGGUUGAGACACGUGAGACAGCAACAGCAAUUAGCAGCUCAACAAGGACUGCCGUAUGAAGGUUACGAAACUGGGACGGCUUCAUCGAUAAAUUACGACGUAAUUACUCUCCCGAGCGGUCGGCGCCGAAAUUUCCAGCCAGAAAAAUUUACUGUAGUCGAUGUCCGUUCUUGCACGGAGCCGUGGGCUUUGAGUGGUAUUGCUAAAUGGGUUCGCGAGAUGGCUGAGGGUGAACCCGACUUAAAGAGGAAGACCCUCGAGGAUGGUCUCGUUAGACUCUUCUGCCUUAAGGUCCCUACGAUGAACGUUGCAGACGCCGAGACCCUGAGUACCCAGGUUACAGACUCGAUGUUGGAAGCCGGUAUCCUCGUCCCUGAGGAAGAAUGGCUCAAGUUUGGGCCUGGUUCUAUAUCUGGCGUGUUAUGGCAAUUGACUGGUUCAGGUUGUUACGCGCCGAAGCUCCACAGAUACGACAACGAUACAUCAGGACAUGAAGUACAAACACGAUGCUACUCGCAUCAUUGUACCAGAACGCUUAAGAAGGCCAAUUUGGACGAUCUUAUGUCUAAUGGCGUCAAGACAGUUGACUGGGUAACGUUCUAUAACAUGACGAAGGAGGGUACAGAAAGCAAGUCGAAGAAGGAGAUUUCACGACAAAAUGUGCUUCACGAAAUCGUUACUUCAGAGGAAGUAUACAUGGAUCGCCUGGAUGUUCUUCGUGUCCUUUACCGGGACCGGCUCCUCCAAUCUCAGCCAAGGAUUAUUGCCGAAAACAAGAUUGAGAAAUUCGUAAACGACGUUUUUGGCAAGGCCGACGCUGUUCAACAAGUCAACAUGGAUCACUUAUUGGCACAGUUGAAGUACCGACAAAAUGAGCAAGGUCCUUGGAUCGUAGGCUUUAGCGACAUCUUCAGAGAAUGGGUUCGAAAAGCCAAAACGGCAUAUGUUGAUUAUGCUUCCGCCUUUCCCUAUGCACGGUAUCGAGUGAAGAAAGAGGCGGAGAAGAACUUCCUAUUCAAACAGUUCCUCGAAGAAAACCGGGCCCAUCCACGUUCACAACGUCUUGACUGGACCAGUUACUUGAAGGACCCUAUUACGCGUCUACAAAGAUAUUCACUCCUCCUAGAGACGGUAUUAAAGUAUAUGGUGCAAGAGAGUGAAGAAAAGUCGAAUCUUAAGAGGGCCAUCGAGGAAGUCAAAGCUAUGACCCUCGAAUGCGAUGCAAAAGUGGACGAGAUGCAGAAGAAAGUGACGAUGAUUGAGCUAGACCAGAUGCUAGUUCUUCGACCAGGCUUUCAUGCCGAUCUCCAUCUGGAUCACCUAGAACUUAUACUUCAGGGCGAUCUUCAGAGGAUGGGUUCGAAGGGUAUGCGAUGGGUAGACAUGCACGCUUUGCUAUUUGACCAUUACUUGAUCCUCGCCAAACUAGUCGUAUCAAAAGAUGGUAGGCAAGACAGGAAAUACGAUGUGUCAAAGGAGCCUAUCCCUAUGCCUUUGCUAUUCCUCGAAAGCAGCCAAGACGAUCCGGUCUGCAAGCAAAAAGGGAUUACUGCUCCGUUGACCCGAGCAGCAAAUCCGGCCCCUGAUAACAAGCUUAAUAAAGUAGCAUCAAACGGUACCGAGCGGCCUGGCCUGGAUCAUACAGUCACGGCUUCCUCAAUCGGCCCCCCAAUCGUUACUAGGCUAGGAACCAGCAGCUCAGGAGAUUACGAAGGAAAAAUUCUUUUUCCCUUCCGUGUGAAGCAUUUGGGGCAUGAAGUAUACACUUUGUUUGCUCCGUCGGCUCAGACUCGACAGGAUUGGUGCGACAGGAUUAUUGAAGCGAAGACUCGCCACGCGAAGGCCCUCCACGCUCAAAAUGCCGAACCAUUCCGGUUACGUGUGAUGGCCGACAGCGCUUUUGCUUACGACCCAAUCGCAGCCAUCGGCAAGUAUGUCGGUGGUGUGCAUAUACGUGGAACUCCCCUUGAUAGAGCCAUUCGGGAGGUUGAAAAAAUGUACGGAUCCGGUCGUGGCCCGCCUCCCAUCUCUCGAGCAUCAGUUAAUUGUGCGACUGGUUUCUCUGCCUUCGGUAAAAACAUGGUUGCGGUUGGAACAGACGCUGGCGUGUGCGUAUCUGAGGCUAGUGAUCAACGGGGUUGGAAUAAGACGGUUACGGCUAACCGAGUCACGCAAAUCGCCGUCCUCGAAGAAUUUUCCGUUGUUCUUGUGUUAUCUGACAGGAAUCUUAUUUCAUAUCCUCUGGACGUGGUAUCACCCCCGUCUAAUUUCCCCGUUCCGGCAAACGAUAGCCACCGGCGGUCUCCCCAGAGGCUUGCGAAAGACGUAUCGUUCUUCGCUACAGCCCGUAUGAAGGACCGGAUGCUGGUGUUCUACAAGAAAAAGGAAAGUCUUCAUACCACUUUCAAAGUGCUCGAGCCCGUGUUCCAGAAAGCAACAGAAAAGAAAUCCCGCCUCUUUGGCGGGUGCCGAAAGGCUGGUGUGGGUGUGACAGAGAGUUUCCGAGAUUAUGAUGAGUUCUUUUUCCCUACCGAAUGUUAUUCGCUCAACAUCUUCCACACAUACAUCGCUGUCUCAACGGCUAGGGGCUUCGAACUCUUAACUUUGGACAAGAAGAUUCCUAUGUCGAUUCCUGAUGUCAAGCAACCCGCUAUUGCCGACAUUGCUUACCGCAUCAAGGAACAACGACCUCUGGGAAUGUUCCGCCUAAACGAUCAAGAGUUCCUCCUAGCAUAUGAAGACUGUGCCGUAUACGUAGACAAGUAUGGCGAUGUCAGUCGUAGCGUCAUUAUGGAGUAUUCAGGAAAGCAGAAGAAAGCAAGGGGUGCCACAAUGUACGGGCAAUACCUGAUAUUAUUCAAUGAGGAUUACGUCGAGGUGCGUAAUGCCGAGAACGGUCGGUUGCGCCAGAUCAUCGCCGGAAGGGAUGUGAGAGUUCUGGAUUAUGGCGUUCGGGGACCAACCGGGGGUUCAUCUAACGCAAAUGGGUCAAGUCCGUUACCGAGCGGCGAUAACGGGCUUGGAUCGAGCGGUACAGUCAAGAUUUGCAUGGCGCAUCCGGAGGUUGCAGGCCAGCAAAUCGUUUUAGAGAUGAUACUCAACAACGGGCACUGA